AUGAAGUUCACCUCCGUCGUCGCUCUCACCCUCGCCGGUGUCGUCUCUGCCCAAGACGCUAGCGAUAUCGGUAACGCUGUCACCAGCAUCCUCGGAGACGUCACCUCUGCUGUCGGUGGAGUUACCUCCGUGGUCGCCUCCGGCUUCUCCUCGGCCACCAAUGCUAUCGGUGGUGGUGAUGAUAGCACCGACUCGGCCGGGUCUACCACAACUGUAGCCACCACUACCGUUGAGUCUAGCGGUGCUGGCGGUGCCGCCGCCACCAGCAGCGGUGCGGGCGCUUCCGGCUCCGGCGGCGCCGGCGGCGAUAGCGGUGGCUCUUACAACACUGCUGCUCUUGGUCUUGGUGCCCUCUUUGGCGGUGCCGCCCUCAUGGUCAACCUCUAA